AUGCUCAGAUUAUCCUCAAACUCCUCAGAUUAUCCUCAGACUACUCCUCAAACUCCUCAGUCUAAUCCUCAGACUCCUCCUCAGAUUAUCCUCAAACUCCUCAGAUUAUCCUCAAACUCCUCAGACUACUCCUCAAACUCCUCAAAUUAUCCUCAGACAACUCCUGAAACUACUCCUCAGAUUAUCCUCAAACUCCUCAGACUACUCCUCAAACUCCUCAGAUUAUCAUCAAACUCCUCAAACUACUCCUCGGUCUAA